ACAUUGUCUUCCACUCACUUUGGUCGCUUCAGUUGUCUAUUCCACUUUGCGAAAAAUGCAGUUUUCUAUUUCUAAAAUGUCGAUUGUCUCUCUAUUGUUCUGCAUCGGCUUGCAGGUUAAUCUUAGUAUUGCAGUUCCAGUAUUUAUUAGAGAUGCAGCUUCGAUGGCCUUCGCCAUCCAACACCAACCGGAAUUAUUCCGGUUUGAAGCUGCACAACCUACAGGUUUACGAGCUGAAUCUACUCUGGUAGUUCCUUCAGUCAAUUCAAAUUUUCUUUUAAAUUUGCAAUAUCUUUCGGGGCUUUUAAAUUCUCUGAGUUCCCUCUUGGGCCAAUCGCCAGCGCCACCCGCUACUGACGCUCCUACACCCGCUACUGACGCACCUACACCCCCACCCGCUUCCGGACCAUCAAACGCGCCCCCGGCGCCCCCUUCAAGAGCAGUAGGUGCAAAUCUAGGACAAGGAAGAGUUAUUCCCUCACAGGCUGAUCAAAAAACACUAUUUUCUCUGCCCGGCCUAGGAGGAUUGUUCCAGCAAGGUGCGAUCGAUUUCCGCGGUCUUCCAGUCGCCCAGCUAGGCUAAGAAAGUUACUCCGACUGUUUCCCUAUCGUUGGUUUUAAAAAACUAUCGAUAACGACGUUUUAAAAAUAAUAUUAAUACGGAUUAUGGUUUUCUUUUCGUUAUACUUUCGUUUUUAGUUUGACAUUUUAUGAUUUCCUUGUUUCCAAUUCUCAAAUUUAUCACAGUCCAUUCUGGGUGGCUUCAUUAUUUUAUCGUUAAUUCUAUUCCUUGUAUUUCUUUUUUUGUUACAACAUUUUGAUAGCGGCAUUAUAUUGCCGCAUCAUUUCGGGUCUCUAUAAUAAAACGGUGCUUUCGGUUGCAA